CAAGAGACAGCACUUGUUAGUACAUCAGCGAAUAAUUUCAAGCCUUAUUUCAAAUAUUUAUCUCGGAAUCUCCUAUCAGGUGGGAAGAGGGAGAUGACUAAUCCGAGGCGAUACCAGGUCUGGGAGCCGCAGGACGAAUGGCCCGAGGAGAGCAGGGAGCCGGUGAUGAUCGGCGACCUCUCGGACAUCGCACUCGGCCGGCCUAACCUGUUGCGCGAGGAGCGCUCCACUGGCUGCUGGGCAAUGCUCCAGAAUUGCCUGUGCCUCGGACGGAGGCGGCAGCGGCGGUGCGCCAGGGAGCAGCGGUGGAUGGAGGAGGUGAGGCUGAGGGAGGCGAGGGAGGCUGCCCAGCUGGAGCAGCAGAUGGAGGCCCAGAGGCAGAAGCAGGCCAGGCUGCGGAAGAAGAAGAGACUCAGGGAGAAGAGGAGGCAGGAGCAGCAGCAGCAGGAGCAGUGGGAGCAGGAGUUCAGAGAGAAGCUCUUGGAAUCACUCAGAGAGGACCUCAUCGCCUGCGGACUGGACCGAGUGCCGGUGCCUGUGCCUGAGCCGGCUCAGCCACUCGAGCUGCCACACCUGAGGGAGCAAGAGAGGCAGAGCGGAUGCAAGGAGGUGGAGGAGCUGCCGAAGUGCCGGAACAGAGAGAGGGAGAAGAAGAAGCGGGAGCAGCAGUGGGAACAGGAGUUCAAAGAGUUCAAGGAAUCACUCAAAGAGGACCUGAAAGACCGUGGACUGGACCCAGCGCCGGUGCCGGAGCCUGUACCUGUGCAACCUCUGGAGCUGCCGAACCUGAGGGAGAUAGAGAGGCGGAGACAAUGGAAGAGGGUGGAUGACCUGCUGAAGAGCCGGGAGAGAGAGAGGGAGAAGAGGGCGCAGGAAGAGCAGAUGAUGCGCUGGAGAAGAGAGAGGGAGAUGCAGGCACAAGAAGAUCAGCUGCGCUGUAGCAGAGAGAGAGAGCUCCGAGGACAGGAACACCAGCUGAUCCGCCGCAGAAACACUGAGGAAACAGAAAAGGGCCGAGAGAUGGAGCAGUUGCGAAAGAGAAUUCAGGAAUUAGAAAGAGAGACUGAGUUCCAAAAACAGCAACAUCAACAAAGAGGGAUGGAGAGAGGGACCAAAGUGCAAGAGGAUAUAGUGAAGGAGAGAGAGUUGGAGCACUUGAGGAAGAGAAUUCAAGAAAUGGAAAGAAAUAUUGUGGUUGAAAAGCAGGAAGAGCAAAAAAGAGAAAUGGCUCACCAGAAAGACAUGGAGAGAGUGAUGACGAGAAUCAAAGAACUGGAACUAGAGGCGGAGAUCAAUAGGCUGAGACACACUCACUCAGUGGAAGAAAGGAAUGGAAAGGUAGGAGAAGAGGAACUAAAGACAGAGCUGAAACGGAUGCAGGGGAUGGAGAUAGAGAGAUGGAGAGAGAUGGACAAACAAAAACAGCUGGAAAUGGAGAUGGAGCAGAAACUCAGAGAGAUGGAGAAAGAACUUCAGAGACAGAUGAAGGAAAAAAUGGAGGAAAACCAGAGACUCCUAGAACUGAAGAUGGGACAUGAGCGAGACUCUAAGAAGGUGAUGGAGGAACGAUUCAGGCAAAUGCAGUCGAGCUACGAGGAAAAACAAAGAGAACUGAACGAGCAUGAGAAACAGCGGGAGAAGGAAUACAAAGAGAAUAUCCUGCAGAUGGAGCGAGCGCUUGAAAAACAGCGUGAGGAAGCUCAGACACAGCAUCAAGAGAUGCUUAAAAAGAAAGAGAUGGAACUGGCGAGAGCAAGGGAAGAGACCGAGAAGAGAGGGACUGAGAGAGAAGCACUUGAAAAGCAGAAAGACUUUGAAAUGGUAGAACACCAGGAGAAAGCCCUGCAGGUGGAGACAGAGCUCAAAAAUCAGCAAGACAUGGCUGAGGCCAAGGAGAGAGAGAUGCUGAAAAUAAUGGAGCGGGAGAGGGCGAGAGAAGAGAAAAGGAGAAAUAAGAUUGAGAGAGAAAAACAUGAAAGACAAAAUGAGUUGGAGAUGAUGGCUAAAGAAGAACAGAGAGAGCUGGAAAGACAGCAUGAAGAGGAGCUACAGAUGCUUGAAGAAAAACUGACAGAGACUGAGAAACAGCAUGUGAAGGAAUAUGAGGAGAAAAUCCAACAGAUGGAGAGAGAGCUCAAAAAUCAGGAAGACAUGGCUGACUCAGAGGAGAAAGAGAUGCUGCAACAGAAAGAGAUGGAGCGCGAGAGAGCACGAGAAGAGAAAAGGAGAAGAAAGAUGGAGAGAGAAAAAGAUGAAAGGCAAAAGGAGAUGGAGAUGAUGGCUGAAAAACAACAGAGAGAGCUAGAAAGACAGUUUGAAGAGAAGCAAAAGAUGCUUGAAGAACAAAUGGCAGAGACUUUGAAACAGUAUGAGAAAGAAUAUCAAGAGAAAGUCCUGCAGAUGGAGAGAAAGCUCAAAAAUCAGCAAGACAUGGCUGAAGCCAAGGAGAGAGAGAUACAGCAACAGAAAGAGAUAGAGCGGGAGAGGGCUCAGGAAGAGAAAAGGAGAAGAAAGAUGGAGAGAGAAGAAAAAGAAAAACAGAAAGAGUUGGAGAGGGAGCAACAUCAAGAGAAGGUCCAGCAGAUGGAAAGAGAGCUUGAAAAUGAGCUAAACAUGGCCGAGGCCAAAGAAAGAGAGUUGCUGCAACAGAAAGAGUUGGAGCGGGAGAAGGCACAAGAGGAGAAAAGGAGAAAAAAGAUGGAGAGAGAAAAACAUGAAAAGCAAAAAGAGUUGGAGUUGGCAGAAAAACAACAGAGAGAGAUAGAAAGACUGCAUGAAGAGAAGCUAAAGAUGAUUGCAGAACAAAUGGCAGCGAAUGAGAAACAGCUUGAGAAAGAAUAUCAAGAGAAAAUCCUGCAGAUGGAGCGAGAGCAUGAAAAACAGCAAGAGGAGGCAGAGGCACAGAAAAGAGAGAUGUGUAAAAAGAGAGAGAUGGAACUAGAGAGAGAGAGGGAAGAGAUUAGGAAAAAAGAGAUUGAAAAAGAAUCACUUGCAAAACAGAAAGAGUUGGAUCUGCUGGAAUAUCAAGAGAAGAUGGAAAAAGAACUCCAAAAUCAGCGAGACCUUGCCGAAGAGAAGCAGAGGGAGAUGAUGCAGCAGAAAGAGAUGGAGAGAGCACGGGAAGAGAAAAGGAGGAGAGAGAUUGAGAGAGAAAAAUAUGAAAAGCAGAGAGAGCUGGAGAUGAAGAUGAUGGCUAAAGAACAACAGAGAGAGCUGGAAAGACUGCAGAGCGAAGACAUGCAGAAUAAAAUGGAGAAAGCGAAGCUGGAGAAGAAACAGAAAGAUAUGCAGGCAAGACUCAAAGAGGAAGAGAUGGAGCUGCAUCGGCUUGAGGAAGAAAUGAUGGCGGCUGAGAGGCGAUAUGAAGAAGAAUGGAAACAGAAAGUCCAGGAGAUGGAGAAAGAAAGGGAGAGAGAGGCCAGGGAAAGAGCAAUGGUAAAUGAAAAGAAAGAGUGGGAGAAAGCUGAAGCCGAAGAGAAAGAUGAAGCAGAGAAUAAACUAAAACAGAAGAAAGGAGAGCUCAAGAGUGAACCUGCUAGUACUGGGAUGGGUGAUGUAGGGAGCCAGGCAGUGUGCCAAGAGCAGAAUGCCACAGAGGCUGAAGAACACCAGGAACUACAUCAACCCGAGAAACAGCCAGCGGUGGAGAAAACACAGGCCGAGGCAGGAAAACAGGAAGUUGGUCACCUGCUGCAACCAAAGAUGGAGAAACAAGAACAGUCAAAGGAGGUUAAAGUAGUCUACACGGAGGCCGAGAAACGACAACAGGAAAUAAGAGAGAGGAGGAGAAGAGAGGAUGAGAGGGUGGAGGCCUACAGACAGAAGGUGCUGGAGGAGGAGAGAAAACGCAAGCAGGAACGCGAGGAGAAACUCAAGGAGCGUCAGCAACAGCAGGAGCUCCAGCAACAGAAGGACGAGGAGGCGAAAAGGUGGGCGAAGGACCCCGAGGGUUGGCGCAAGCAUCAGCGUGAGAUGGAGAUCCAGCGUGAGAAGGAAAGAAUACAGCACCUGGAGUUGAAGUGGGCAAGGGAGGCAAAGGUCAUCUGCGCAGAGAACACAGAAGAACAAAUCAAAGAGCUGAGGAGAAUAGAGGACGAGAAGAUCGAGGUCUACAGAGAGAAGAAGAGGGUGGAGGAGAGAAAACGCAAGCAGGAGCUGAAGGAGAAACACAUGGAGGAGGACCGCCAGAGGGCGAUGGAGAAGGAGCUCCAGCGACAAAAGGAAGAGGAGGAGAUGAGGUGGGCCAAGGACCCUGAGGGCUGGCGCAAGCUCCAGAGCAAGCUGGAGAUCCAGAAUGAGGACGAGAGAAUGCUGGAGCUGGAGCUCAAGUGGGAGAAGGAGACAAAGGAGGCAGAGGAGAGGAAGCUCAGGGAGAAGGCCCAAGACGAGGAGGCACAGAGGCAGAUGCUGGAGCUAAAGCAGAGGCACGAAGAAGAGAGGCAGCAGGAGGAGCAGGAGAGGCAGGCCCAGCUGGAGCAAGAGAGGGAGGAGGAGAGCCAGGCAGAGCUGGAGAGAGAGAGAGAGCGCGAAAGGCAGCUGGAGAUUGAGAGGAAGGAAGCAGAAAGGAAAGCGAAGGAGGAGCUGGAGAGACGCCUGCAGGGCUGGGUAGAAUUUGAGAAAAAGAGAAUUCUGAACAUCAUUGAAGAGGGGCAGGCAGUUGCUAGUAGCCCGGCCGCUGCAAAGGCAAAUAAGGAGGAGGAGGCUGCGGCAGAGGCCUUAAAGAAGAGUCAGAGUAAGGGGAGCAAGCUGGUGGGCUGGCUUUCGGAGAAAGUCCGUGGAGUUGGUGAGAAAUUCAUGCAACUAUAAAGAACAGCUACACAGCCAGAAGAGGCAUGUCAACAUCUGUGACUACAUCAGUGACCUUGAGACCUUCAGACAGCUAUAAA